ACCACAUCUCUGUGUUCAUUAACAAAAAAUUUGAAUUCAAUCAGAUGCCAAAAUCGUAUUUAACUCGAUAAUAAUAAUAAAAAUUGGUAUACAAUGAUUCACCUUGUAUAGAUCCAAAAGGAUAUUAUCAAGCGAUUCUUGUGCUUGAUCUGAGCAUCUAAUUCUAAGCGAUUUAAUAGCUUAAAUGGCUUCUUCAGCCCUAUUCUGUUGCUUCAUAACAAUAGCCAUAUCUUUCAAAGCACUGUCCACUCUAUCUCCCGCAUUUAUCGCUGCCCAAAACAACGGAAUCGCUCUCUCCGGAUCCUUAUCCACCAACUUAACACCAAAUAAUCAAAAUCCAUUUAGUUGGUACAUUACAGAUCUGAAGAACAAAGCUUCACAUUAGAAAAACAUAACAAAACACUUACCUGAACGUUUUUGGCUCUGACAUAAGGAAAAUCUCCGAUAGGAACCUUAUGAGUGAUGUGAAAAGAUUCGGAACGAGUUCUAGAAACGCCGAGAGGUUUUGCAGGCGAAGAAGGUGCAGAUUUGGAUGGUCUGAAACCUGGAGGAGCAUUCCACAUCUCUUGCAACAUUGUCUUAGAUAAUAAAAUAAAUUUUUUAUUUUAUUUUUAAUUUCAUUUCGAUCUAUUAGCUUAAUCGUAGACUGGUUUUUGAUUGGUUUUUGGAUGCUGGUACAUUUUUUGACAGUUUUGCAGAGAAGAUAUAGAUACAGGAUAGAGGUACCUUAGAUUAUAAAGCUCUGUUGACAUGAAGGAUUUGUGAUAUGGUAGAAUGCAUAAGUUAGUUAUGCAUGUAUGUACUUUAAUAACACCCAUUGGAUUAUUAUUAUUAUUAAAAUUGAAUUUUGAAGUUGGUUUCUAUUCUUUCAUUCAGGUUAUUUCAGCAAUAUUCAUUUAUCUCUAAUCUAUGCUAUAUUAAACUUGUAGAGGGGUGUAUAGUUAUAGUUAACUUUUGUAUAUAAUUCUUUAGUCAUGUUAUAAGUAAUACUCUCACUGUAGUAUGGUUCAAAAGAUUCAUUCAAUAAUACUAUACUGUAGAGAAGAUACGCUAACUGAAUAAUUAAAAGAAUUAUUCACCAUUGAGUUCACACAUUUCAAUAUUAGGCCACUGGUAAGUUCCAUAUGUCACUAUUCAAAACUUCAACCCACUCUUCAAUAAGUACUGCUAUAACAGGCCUUGUUCAAUAUAUGUUGUUAAAGCACCGCAUGAAUCAAAAACCAAUGAAAAUGAGAUCCAGUAAGUUACUUCAGUUUAAUUUCUUUUUUAAAGUGAUUAUGUUUUAUUAAUUUUGGUUAUGUUGAGCUGAAGUAUAAAAGUAUGAUGAUGCAGCUCUGUGAUCAGGUUUUGUCUCUUUCAGAAUACAAGGCACAACUAUAUGAUUAUCUCAAGAGUAGGAUGAACACCAUAGCACCCAAUUUGACUGCUAUGGUUGGGGAGCUUGUCAGCGCUCGUCUCAUUGCCCAUGGUGGUAGCUUAAUAAAUCUUGCAAAACAGCCUGGUAGUACUGUGCAGAUUCUCGGUGUUGAGAAGGCUCUUUUUAGGGCACUUAAGACUAAACAUGCUACUCCAAAGUAUGGCCUCAUUUACCAUGCAUCCUUGAUUGGUCAGGAAGCUCCAAAGUUCAAGGGCAAAAUUUCUCGAUCACUUGCUGCAAAGACUGCUUUGGCUAUUAGGUGUGAUGCACUAAUAGAUGGGCAAGAUAACACCAUGGGAUUGGAGAACAGAGCCAAGCUUGAAGCACAAUUGAGAGGUCUCGAAGGUAAAGAAUUAGGUCGCUUUGCCGGUUCUGCUAAAGGGAAGCCCAAGAUUGAAGCAUAUGACAAGGAUAGAAAGAAUGGAGGACUGAUAACACCUGCUAAGAUUCGGUGGAGAGAUUUCACAUUUCAGCAUUUAUCUUAUUCGUUUUGGCUCAGGAUAUUCUUGAGGCAGAGGGUCCCUGGUUUGAAAGCUUUCUUUAUCAAAUUGUGCCUCCUGUGCUGAAUUUUUUCUCUGACCAAUGUGAAGCACUAUAUAACAUAGUUAAGGUUGUGAGAGGGGAGUUUAUUGUAUUCUUCAACCAGAUCUUUGAUGCAUUAUGCAAGCUUUCUGCAGACUCUGAUGCAAAUGUACAAAGUGCUGUUCAUCUCUUAGAUCGGCUUGUGAAGGUAUAUGUUUUUUUGGAAUCUUUAAAGCCUUUGUGUGGCUGCUGUACAUGUGUGCAGAUAUCACGUCUAUGCUUAUUAGGGAUUGAUUUUAUAAUAAUUUCAGUUGUUUCGUUUGAAUCAACUGAUGAUUACACAUUUCUCUGUUGAAUAGGUAAAAUCCCUGUUAUGGUAGCUGCAGGUGCUUCCCCUUUUUUUUUGAAUUGCAAUGUGUUUGGAUUGAAUACAUAUUCCCUUGAUAUGAACUUGAUUGUAUAUGCUGCUGACUUGUGAAUGAAACAUAUGGCUGCCUUGGUUUGAUUUCAUGGUUUAUACAUGUCAUGGUGCUCUUGAGACUAUUAGUUUAUUUGAAAUUUGACACUAAAUAAAGUUCUUUAUUUUCACCUGCCAGCACCAAAAGGACUGUUUCCUCCUGAUCCGGAACAUUAUGGAGGACCGAAGCCAAAAGUUGCUAUCAUUGGAGCUGGGCUUGCAUGGCAUCUGUAAUAUUGCUGGCUUUGGAGGACAGGUUUUGACUCUUUUGCUCUGUUUGUAUAUGGCAUCUGUAAAAAAUAAAGUGAUUUAAUAUAAUCACAUAUUUCAUGUUGUGUGAUACUAGAAACACCAUCAAUGUAAAAUGUCAGUGCUAUAUAGGUCAACCAUCCACACACAUCAUUAGUUAGCGGCAUAAGAUCAGAUUUUAGUUUCCAUUCUAUUUCUAGUUUCUGUCAAACCAGUGUUAUCAAAUUGCGGCGCCAUGCAGCAAAAACACAAUCAAUGGCAGAAUUUGAUUCUGGAGAAGGGGUCCGAAAUAGUCAAUGUAUUACUAGUGUUAUCUGAACUUUUAGAUUUAUGAUUAGGUUGGUUCCAAUGUAAAUAUAUAUAUAUAUAUAUAUAUAUAUAUAUAUAUAAUAGUUAUUUUUAUAUAUAAUUUAUAAUGGAUCAAAAGUUUAUUAAAAUUUAAUUUGAGAUAGAAAGUACUUGGGGACUUUUCCUGCAGAUUUAGCUGCGGAUUUUUCCUGCGGAUUUAACUGCGGACUUUUCCUGCGGAUUUAGCUGCGGAAUUACCUGCGGAAUUUCCUGCUGAAAAUAUUACCCACGAAGGUUUUAGCUGGGGACAAGGAACCGCAGGAAAAUCCGCAGGUAACGUGUUUCCUGCGGAAAUUUAACUAAAUUCCGCAGGAAAAUCGUGUAUUUCUAGUAGUGUUAUAAUUUAAUAGAUAAAAAUGUUCAAUAAUGUAUUGUUAAAUUAUAAAUAUUUGAAAUUGAUGGACUAAUUCAAUUGAAUUAAAUCAAUGGU